AUGGCUUCAUACUGUCGUCUUUGCGCGGGUCCCAUUGACCCGCAGGAUACGCACGAGCACUGCAUUGCCUGCCUGGGCCUGGCUCAUGCGGAGGCUGCAUUCUGCGAGUCCGAUUGCGCGCACUGUGCGGACCUGCCGGCGCGUGUCUUGAGAACUCGCAGGAACAUCGCUCGUGGAAAUAUAGGGUCAAGGCUCACUGCCACCAACGAGUCGCUGGUGAGUCUACCCGCUCCAAGGGGGAGCGGCGACGACACGGCUCCGGGCCGCUGUCCUCUGCCGUCACCCCAUUCCCCAGUCCUCUACGCCGACGAGAGUCUUCGUCCCCCGCCUUCCGUCUUGGGCGCCGUUUCCUUCGGCGCUGAGGAGGACGACGACUCCAUGUCCAUCUCGGCUUCAGACAAGGACUGGGCAGGGUCGGAGCGGGAUCGCCCCGACCUAGAGAGCACCCCGGACCUCCACGAGGAGUUCAUGAGGGUCCUCGAGAAGGCCGUCAGCGAGCUCGACAUCACCUGGAGUUCACCUGAGGAGCCGGCAAAAAGUAAGCUCGACUCGUGGUACCUUCAGGCGGGCCGCCGUCAGGCCACAUCAAAGAGGAGUGCGCCAUUCUUUCCAGAUGUCCACGAGCACGUGGUGAAAUCGUGGUCUGCUCCUCAGUCGGCGCGCGUUCACGCCGCUACGCAAUCCAUGUUCGCCCACGUGGUCGGAGCGGAGGCCCACGGUUACGUGCGCAUGCCACCCGUCGAGGAGACCCUCGCCGCUCAUUUGUGCCCUUCUACCACCUCGCUGGGCUCGGACCCAGGCCUGCCGUCGAAGCCGUGCAGGUUUACCGCUCAUCUCGCCGGUAAGGCUUACGCAUCCGCCGGAGAAGCCGCUUCCGCUUUGCACGCAAUGGCGGUGCUGCAGGUGUUCCAGGCUAAGAUCCUUCAGUCGCUGGAUAGCGGCAGCCUGGAGGCGGACGCCACGAGGGAUCUGAGGGCAGCGACCGACUUCGCUCUGAUGGCAACGAAGCGGACCGCACAAGCUAUCGGCCGAUCCAUGGGGUUCAUGGUCGUCCUACACCGUCAUCUCUGGCUUACGUUGGCGGACCUGAAAGACGCUGACCGUAAGUCUCUCCUCAACGCCCCGAUCACUCCCUCCGGCCUCUUUGGUGACGUCGUGGAGUCGGUGGUGGAGCGCUUCGGGGAGACGCAAAAGCGCGCCAAGGCCAUGAGUCACGUGCUCCCGCGACGCUCUUAUCAACCAGGCCGACCAAACAGCACGCUGCUUCCGCCCAGGCUUCUCGAGGUCGUGAGCCGGAUGCACGGCCUAAACAAUGGUCGGGCCCGCCUAAGAAGAGGUACGGGCCGAAGGGAGGACCGCAGAGAGGACCGCCGCGCCACGACGGCGGAGCGUCAUCGUCUGCCAAGCCGUCAUCCUGACGGACCUAUAAAGAGGAGGAGAGAGUUUGUGAGCGUUCCGGUUGCCCCCAAACGCCGCUGUUUGCAUCAGUUUUCCCCCGCGGUUGCGGGCGAACAUUGCAAUGUUGUAAAUGUCUGUGUAAAUGCAAUAAAAACACAUACCUGUUCACAAAAAGAGCUCUUUCCCCCUCACACGACCAAUGCUGCGUUCCUUGCCCUGCCACGGUGCAGCGCGAAGCCGCAGUUAAUCCCGACUAUAACCAGCCUUCCCUCGUCCACGGUCUUUCCCGUGGGCGAGAGACGGCUGGAGUCUCACGCACGGGCUAUUUCCCCGCCAGUGCAAUUAGCCUCGCUGCACCAGCGUGCUUCCCUAAACGGUCCGCUGACGGUAACGCCCGAAGAGAUUCGGCCAUUAUGUCUGUUUCUGGACGCGUGGAAGGCCAUUCCGGACAUUUCUCAUUGGCUACUAAAUGUGAUAGAACACGGGUACACCCUGCAGUUCAGACGAAGUCCUCCCCGCUUCAGCGGUGUGGUUCCGUCGCUUACGUCAGCGCAAAAUGCGCCUGUGUUGAGGCAGGAAAUCGGCAGCCUGCUCGCGAAAGGAGCGAUCGAGCGUGUCCCUCCGAACGAGCGAGAAAGCGGGUUUUACAGCCGGUACUUUGUAGUGCCCAAGAGAGAUGGUGGUCUGCGUCCGAUUCUGGACUUGAGACCCGUCAACCGAGCCCUUCACAAGCGAGCGUUCAGAAUGACAACUCUAAAACAGAUCCUGGCACAAGUGCGUCCCGGGGACUGGUUUGCAUCCGUGGAUCUGAAGGAUGCGUACUUUCAUGUUCAGAUAGCCAAGCGCCACCGAAAGUUUCUGCGAUUCGCUUUCGCGGGUUCAGCGUACCAAUUUGCCGUACUCCCGUUCGGACUGGCACUAGCACCGCGCACAUUCUCGAAGUGCGUGGACGCGGCGCUUUCCCCUCUCAGAGCGAGCGGUAUGCGCAUUCUGAAUUAUCUGGACGACUGGUUAAUUUUAGCCCACUCACGGGAGGCGCUAUCCGGUCAUACGCAAAUGCUGCUUCGUCACUUGACAUCCCUGGGGCUACGCGUGAACAUGCAGAAAAGCAAGCUCACUCCGAGUCAGUCAAUAACGUAUCUGGGGGUAUGUUUCGACUCAGUGGAGAUGCGCGCUCGCCUCUCUCAAGAGCGGACGGAGUCCAUCUCUUCAGCUCUACAUCUGCUCAGGCCGGGUCGGUCUGUUCCACUGAGGGAGUUUCAGAGGCUUUUGGGUCUCAUGGCGUCAGCCUCGGCGGUCUGCCACCUGGGUCUUCUGCACAUGCGACCGCUACAGUUUUGGCUGAAGGCUCGGGUUCCAUGGAAAGCAUGGUCCUCGGGUCGAGUGCGAGUCCCGGUUACACUCAGUUGCCUCAGUGCCCUGAGCCCAUGGCGCGACCCAAGCAUGUUCAGUCGGGGAGUUCCCCUGGGGCUGGUUACGAGACGCAUAGUCGUUACGACGGAUGCGUCGUCCUCGGGAUGGGGUGCAGUGUGCGAGGGCAUGCCGGCAUCCGGCCUUUGGACACAGUCACAGAGAAAAUGGCAUAUAAAUUGCUUGGAGCUGAUGGCGGUGUCUCUAGCUCUCCAUACUUUCCAGUCGAGACUGGAGAAGAAACAUGUCCUGAUUCGCACCGACAACAUGUCCGUGGUUUCGUACAUAAAUCGCCAGGGAGGAGUCCGCUCAGGAACUCUUUUCAAACAGGCUGCGAGUCUCCUACUAUGGGCAGAUCGGCAUCUACUCUCUGUCAGGGCAGCGCAUAUCCCCGGUCGUCUGAACUGCGGAGCGGACAUGCUUUCGAGGGAGGGUCUUCCGCACGGGGAAUGGAGGCUUCAUCCAGACUCAGUGCGGUCAAUUUGGGAGCGCUUUGGGACGGCGGAAGUGGAUUUAUUCGCGACGAGCGAGAACGCGCACUGCCCGCUAUAUUUCUCGCUGACCCAUUCCCCCAUGGGGAGCGACGCUCUGACGGUGCGAUGGCCGGACGUUCGGCUUUACGCGUUUCCUCCGGUGAAGAUUUUGCCCCUGGUGCUGUGCAAAAUCAGAGAGGAGACGGCGACGGUGAUCCUCGUCGCUCCGUUUUGGCCGAAUCAACCGUGGUUUCCGGACCUAAGCGAAUUGUUAACGGCACCGCCGUGGCGGAUUCCCCUCAGGAGAGACCUGUUGUCCCAAGCGAACGGCACGAUAUUUCACCCCAGCCCGCAGCUGUGGAGUCUUCAUGCCUGGCCUCUUCGGGGGUUUUAAAUGCACUUCCUCAGCGUGUACUUGACACUAUUUCGGAGUGUCGAGCGCCUUCCACCAGGCGUUUAUACGCUCUCAAAUGGGGGGUGUUUGUUAAAUGGUGCAGUAGUAACAAUAUCGACCCGAUGUCCUGCCCCGUGUCUGAUAUUUUAUGCUUCCUGCAGCACAGGCUGGACAGCGGCGGACUCCCGUCAACGCUGAAGGUUUAUGUGGCUGCUAUCGCCUCGUUUCGUUCCCCGGUUGAUGGGCAAUCCAUUGGAAGGCACAUGCUGGUAGUCAGAUUCCUCAGAGGAGCGAGGAGACUUUUUCCACCGCGAUCCCCUUCGGUGCCGCCUUGGGACUUAGCGCUGGUGUUGAAGGCUCUCUCCUUUCCCCCAUUCGAGCCUCUGGACGCGGCUUCCCUAAGAGAGCUCACUCUAAAAACCGUUCUCCUUCUUGCCCUUGCUUCGGCUAAGCGCAUAGGGGAUUUACAAGCGCUCUCAGUCGGCGCUGAUUUCAUUCGUUUUGGAACCGGCGACUGCAAUGUCACUCUCCGGCCGAAAUCGGGUUAUGUGCCAAAGUCUAUGUCUACCCCAUUUAGAGCACAGGUCAUUUCUUUGCCCGCUUUGUUUUCCGAGUCGUCAGACUCGCAGAAUGCAAACGCUCCGAGAGCGGUCUGCCCGGUAAGGGUUUUGCGGGCUUACAUUGAUCGCACGGCCGGUUUUCGGCAGUCUGAACAGCUCUUCGUCUGCUAUGGUGGGGGAACUAAAGGUCGGGCUGUAUCAAAGCAGAG